AUGAGUCAGCCACCAAUAACUCAAGUCAGCCCAGACGGACCACAAGGAGAUGCUAAAUAUUUAGUUGGACCAAAGUCUGAAGGUCCAACUACCCCGGCAGGCCCAAAAUCCACAACAAAUACAGGGGUAACACAGCGUUCACCACCGCGUUCAUUUUUCUCUUUAAUCUUUUGUUGCACGUGGGGUGCUGGUCCCAUAACCAAUGAUGAUAAACCAGAAACUCCUACUGCUACUCCGACGACUAAUCCACCAAUUACGACGCCGACAAAUAUUAAACCUAAAAGCACGAAAACACCGCAAGUUGUACCUGAAAACCCUUCUGAAACACCACCAAUACAACCUUCACCAUCACCACCCGACGAACCCAAACCAAAACCUACUGAAGAAGUUCAAGUUGGAGAGGUUGAAAACAAAUGGUUACUUGAGCCAAUAGCUCCUGAACAUCUCGGCCGAAAAUGUUUAGUAUUAGACUUGGAUGAAACUUUAGUGCAUAGUUCAUUUAAGGUGAAAAUCAUUUUUGAAAUCGAGAAUCAAAUGCAUAAUGUCUAUGUAAUAAAACGGCCCGGUGUCGACCAAUUUUUGAAGAAGAUGGGUGAAAUAUAUGAAGUAGUUGUAUUUACAGCCAGUUUAUCUAAGUACGCGGAUCCUGUCCUCGACAUGUUGGAUCAACACAAAGUAGUGAAACAUAGGUUAUUUAGGGAAUCAUGUUAUAAUCAUAAAGGGAACUAUGUAAAGGACCUAUCACAACUUGGUCGAGAACUUAGAGAUAGCAUAAUUAUUGAUAAUUCACCGGCUAGUUACCUUUUUCAUCCUACAAAUGCUGUUCCUAUAUCUUCAUGGUUUAAUGACCCUCACGAUACUGAAUUGUUGGAUCUUAUACCGUUUUUGGAAGAUUUGACGACGGUAGAUGAUGUAAUGAUAGUUUUGGAUUCUUCCAAUGAGGCGCACUAG